AAUAUAUAAAGCCACCCCUCCCAUAGCCAGUGCCCAACAUUAGCCUCUCAUCCGCCGAUCUAAACCCUAAUUUUCUUGUCCAUCGAAAUCAUGUCGGAUGAACGCGACGAAGUGAAAGUGAUUACCACAUGCGUCUUCUGGGACCUCGAGGAUUACCCACUCGGGUAUCCUGAUAUGAUUUAUCAGAGUAUCAAGCCAGCUCUUGAGAAUAACGGUUGUCGUGGUGAGGUGUCAAUCUCAGCUUAUGUUCAGAAUGAAACGUUACCGGAUGACUUGCUAGAUAUAUUUCGUGAGGCUGGAGUCAAAAUCUCAUCCGUACCCAAAGAUUACUCAAAGCAUAAAAGAGUUGCUAGGAUGUUCUUGGACAUUCUUCUAUGGGCAGUGGAGAAUCCUGAUCCAGCAAAUCUGAUGAUCAUCUCAAACAACUUCUCAGAACACAAGUUGUUUGUCAAGACUCUUUCUUAUUUGAAUAAAAGAGGUUACAGUGUUCUCUUAGCAGAGCCUGGUAAGGUCGCAUCAGAAGAGGUACGUCUUUGUGUAAGCUCGGUAGAUGACUUCGAGCAACGUGAAGUGGAAGAGCAUAGCAAAGAUUCGUCUGAGCACUAGCUGAUGCAGAGUUGCUAAUAAUGUCUCACUUAUAUUAUGAUCCUCUCCUUUUCUGUCAAACGGCUUUAUGAAUACACAGGCACUGUAACCGGAAUCUGAAAGUAAUGUAGCAAUAGCAAGAAAAAGCAAAAUUUGUUCCUGAAUAGUUUGGUCUAACAA